AUGAAAGAUCUUGAAGAGACAAAAUUUUACUUUGGUUUGCAAAUUGAACAUUUGACAAAUGAUAUCUUUGUCCAUCAAUCUGCCUAUACAGAGAAAGUGUUGAAACGGUUUUAUAUGGAUGAAGCACAUCCAUUAACAUGCAUUGCUCAAUUGAAGGGAGGAUUCAUAAAAGGAGAUAGGACAAAGCACAUUUCACCAAAGUUGCUCUUCACACACGAGCUCCAAAAGAAAGGUGAUAUCAACGUGCAACAGAUUCGUUCAUGUGAUAAUAUGGCUGAUUUGUUCACCACGUCUCUACCAACUGCAACUUUCGAGAAGGUGGUGCACAAGAUUGGGAUACGAAGACUCAAGCACAUGAAUUGA